AUGGAUGAUGCCACAUUAGGUCAAGUGCUGCCUCUGCUUAAGUUCAUUGAAAGGAGCCUUGAACGGAUGGCCAGCCGAAAAGGGGCAGCGGGUACUGCACAACAUGCUGCCAGCCUGCUAACUGCAUUGCACAGCAACAGGCAUCUGAGCAGCAUCAAGGAAGACAUUGUGUACUGGGCUGCAAGCUUCUUAGAUCCAAGGUUCAGGAACACAUUUGGCAACUACACUGAAGACCAGGCCGCUUCAAAACUGGAAAGGACUCAGGAGCACCUUAUUCGCCAGAUUGAGGAGACCAUGGAUGCUAAAGAUGACUGCAUCACAAAAGAAACCUCGUCGCAAAUGUCAGCGCAACCGUGCAGUACAUCGGUUCAAACAGUGACCCCACCUCCAGCUGGAGAAUUCAGCCUGUGGUUUUCCAGCUCGGACGAGAUGGGACUGACCCAGUCACAAGUGGGGUCAGGACAUGCGCCAUCCCAGCCAUCCUUAGCUGCAAAGGUUGAGCUGGACGCAUAUGCUCAGGACAGAGAAGCUGACAGCUAUGGAGUGCAGAGUGACCCAUUGCAAUAUUGGGCAACAAAGAAAAACCGGUGGCCUUCUCUUUUCGUAACUGUAGUCAAGCACCUGGCAUGCCCCCCAACCAGUGUUUACUCUGAGCAGGCAUUCAGUGCAGCAGGCAUGAUUGUAACCGAGAAAAGGAACCGUCUAAGCACGAAAAAUGUUAACAUGGUGGCGUUCAUUCGGAUGAACAGGGCUUGGAUCGACAAGACAGCAUCCCCAACCACUUCAAUGCUAGAGCGAGGUCUGGUCAGCUCAGAAUCAGAUGACGAGGACGAAGAGCCACUUCUUAAGAGAGUUCACUUUGAAGAUACUUAG